AUGGCAGUGGACAUUGACGACCGAGACAUUUUCGCCGCCGCCAGCGUGGCUCAGAUCCAUGAAGCCCUCGGCCAAUUGCACGAGCACGAGGCCAGCAUCACACAGCGCCUAAACGCCCUCAUCGCCUCGCAGAAGCAUCUCUCGCGCGAACUCGGUCGCCUCGAUCUGCUCCGCGCCCACCUCGGCACCCAGGCCGUCAACACGCGCGCCAUCAGCAAUGGCAUGCUCUCCGACGCCGCCUCGACUGCGAGCCGGAUAUCGAGCGCCGUCAAGCGGUUAGACCAGGAACAGUCGAAUGUCAAGGCAACACUCGAGGUGGUGGAGCAGGUGGCAGAACUCAAGGCAUGUGUGCUGGGCGUCCAUGGCUCCAUGGGAGCUCCACAAGACUGGGAGACGGCUGCUGGCUAUCUCCACCGCGCCGCCAAAAUACCCGACGACGUCGUAAACGGCAGUUUCGCAGACGAGAUCGUGCCGACUGCUGAAGUGCCGGAUCCGCCGCGCGUGACGCUAGAUGCAGCAGCAGAGUCGCUGUGUGGCCUCUUCUUGCGCGAAUUCGAAAAGGCUGCGCAAGAGGGCGACGGCUCCAAGGUGACGAGGUUCUUCAAACUGUUCCCCUUGAUCGGACGGACAGAUGUAGGCCUGGAUGCAUACGGUCGAUAUGUUUGCCAGGGAGUAGCUUCGCGUGCGCGGACAAACUUCAAUUCGGCUGCGCCAGCUCAGAGGAAUGAGCCCUUCUUCUACGGCAACACCAUCACAAAACUCUUCGAGCAUAUCGCUCAGAUUGUUGAUAGCCAUGAGCCGUUGGUCGAGCGUCACUACGGAUCAGGCAUGAUGCAGAAGGUUAUUGAACGUCUACAAAUUGAGGCCGAUGUGCAAGGCGGCAUCGUGCUCGACACAUGGCAUGAAGAGCGUCACAUAGACCGCAAGCUGACUGACAUCAAAUCUUAUGCCUUCUCCUUCCUUGUCCAAAGCUUUCUUCCCUCCCAAAAACCUGCUUCUGGAAUACCUCGUUCCAGCUCGCCAGCCAACGGUGCUGGCCGAGUCAGCGAAGACGAGGGAGUGGACAUGAAAGAGAUUGAUGGCUUGCUUGGAGAGGGCGCACUAAUGCUAGGACGCUAUGCGCUGUAUGCGCGUUUCCUCUCUGACAAGUGUGCACCCGCCGAGCCUGAAGACCGCAUCGACUACGGUUUAGUGAUGCCCAAUUUCUUAGCUACCAGUAAUCUCCACAAGAAAGUGAACAGCCAUCUUAUCGAGCCUGUCAAUGCCAUGACAACCUUUUUCUUUCGUAGGUCGGUGGAGAAGGCUUUUCAGUUGGACGAAGCGCCAGCAGAUCUCACGCUGAAUCCAACCAAACCUCUUGGGUCCAACCCACCUUUCAUCACCUCCGCAGUCGACGAUGUCAUGUACAUUGUCAAUCAGGUAAUUCAGAGAACCCUGGCAACCUCGCAACGUGCCGUCGUCUCUAGUGUCGUGCCUGCGGUAAGCCAUAUCCUGGGCGCAGAGUUUAUCGGUAUGAUACAACGGAAAAUGCGUGACGAAAGUUACCCCAAGCCCGUUAUUCAGGGCGGUCUUCCUCCCGAAGACAAAGUUAUUGCCUUCUUGGUGCUCAUCAACAACCUGGACAUUGCGAACGACUACGUCAAACGAAUAGUCUCGCAGCAGCUCGGCCGUCACUCGCAAGCUGGCGAAGAGGAUACAAAAUCACCUUUGCACGACCUCUUUCCAUUCGGACACGACGCUAUAUUCGUUGAGAACACACUGAAAGCAAUGGAAAAGUCAUUUGCAUCCAAGAGCGGAGAUCUGCUCAACGAUGGCAUCACUGUCUUAUUCUCAAACGUCCUCAAGCCUCGCAUUCGACCGAUCCUGGCUGAAGCGUUCCGAGACAUAAAGUACGACCCCGAGGAUGGCGAAAAUGAGGAUGAAGAAGAGGACGAUGUCGAUGUGGUAAAGUCGCGUUUUGACCGCGGUUGGGGAGUCGUGAUCCGUCCUAUCAAGCGUAUCUUGACCUCGGCAAAUUUUGAUCGUCUCCUGGCAUUGGGAUUGAACUCUCUCGCAUCUUCGCUCGAAAAGCGCAUCAAAAGCUACUACGGUAGAGUCAACGAGCUGGGUGCUGUUAGGCUCGAGCGCGACGUUGCUGGUAUUAUCACAGCCGCUACAAGCGGUGGCGCGUAUUCACUUCGCGAUGCAUUCCAAAAGAGUACUCAGAUGACUCUGAUUCUAAACAUGGAGGACGACGAAUUUGCGGAAGUGGCGGAUGACACGUCAGGCGAGUCAGGUAUACCCUGGGUAUUGGAUGCUGAGGAGAGGAAGAGAGUAAGAGCUAUCGUGAAAGGUUGA